AUGGUAAAAGAUAUUGGAAUUAUGUAUGUCAGCGAAUUUGAAUUGGAUCCCUUAGCUGAUUUUUACCAUCCAGCUUUAAUUUCACCUUUAUCUAUCUUAGCAGUUAGAUUGAAUAUUCGUGAAAAUUUAUUAUUAGUGUGA